AUGGAUAUCAUCGUCAAAGUUCAUCCAACAUCCUCCAAAGGCCAUUUCUUUAUCUUGGUAGCUAUAGAUUAUUUCAUCAAGUGGGUGGAGGCAGUGCCCUUGAAGAAGGUUGAGCAACAAGAUGUCAUAGAAUUUAUCAAAGAGCAUAUCAUCCAUAGCUUUGGCAUUCCCCAGAGUAUUACAACAUAUCAGGGGACCAUGUUCAUGGGGCAGGAGGUUAAGGAUUUUGUAAAGGAUUAUGGUAUUAAACUCCUUACCUCCAGUCCUUAUUAUGCCCAAGCGAAUGGUCAAGUAGAAGCUUCAAACAAAGUGCUCAUUGAGGAUAACCCUAGGGAGUGGCAUCAUUAUUGUCAGAGACUUUAUGGCUAUGGCAUGGAGCUAAAGGAACUCGAUGAAGCACGUCAUCAAGCAUUCAGCAGAAUGGCUGUACAAAAGAAGAGGAUUGCCAGGACCUACAACAAAAGCAUUCGAAAGAGAUCAUUCCAAGAAGGAGAUUUAGUGUGGAAGGAGGAUCCCUUUCAAGUUUAUAAAGUCCUCAAAGGAAAUGCCCAUUGGUUAUCGAGUCUGUCAGGAGAACCACAUAAAAGAAACAUCAAUGGCCGUUACCUUAAGAAGUACCAUCCCACCAUGUGGGAGAUAAAGAACAACAACAAUGAAGGUAAUUGA